CUGCCGUGCGCUGCCCCCUCCUUCCGCAGCCUCCUUCUUGCUGAGAAAAAGGCCGUUUUCUCCCCCAAAACAGCUCCCUCAUGGGACAGGCGCCGCUUGCUGCUGCUCCCCAGCAGAAGCGAAACCCUAUCCCCGUCCUCAGCGCUCCGCUUGGGUUUCUCAGAGCUAUUUCUAGCACUUGGCUCCUUCUCCUCCAGCGUUUCCAAUGCCUCUCUCCAUCUUUUUUCCACUCCUCCGCUGCCCCCCGUCUCCCCGUGCCCUCUGCCCGCUGUCCUCCCCAUGGCCCCACCGAAGGGGCAGCUCCCCAGAGCGGGCUGCCAGGCCGGGUUAUUGCCAAUGGCUCAUCUGCAUCCGCCCUCCUCCCCUGCUCCUCCCUUCCCCAAAUCGCUGCCGUCCGACACCGCCGCUGCGCUGGGCUGCGCGGCCGCCCCGCAAUGGUCAGCACCGGGGGAGCCACCGCGCCGGGGCUGGCGGAGAUGCCGCUGGAGGAUGGGGAUGCAGCGAGGCGGAGGGGACGGUGGGUCAAUGGCAAGGUCAGUGGUAGCCCGUGGCUUGGGGAAACGGGGGACCCGCUGCUCCAGGACAUGACAGCACCCGAUGGCAGCAGGACAGGGCCAGCACUGGGUGACAAGGACGUGACUCCCAAGGGGGCCCUGCAGCAAGCAGGGCAGCAUGAAGAAGCCCUGAUGACUGAGCUCUCGGGGCUGGUGCAGAAGGUGGUGAAGAGCAGCAGCUGGUGGGAACGGCAUGGGGUGGACAUCAGCAUCCUCGGCUGCAGCUUCCUCCUGCUCCCGGCAGGGUUCCUGUGCCUGCGGUCAACCCAGGCCAUCCCUUUCCUGGCUGGUGUCCUCACCCUUGGCGUGGUGCAUCACACCCUGACAGUGAAGGGCAGCCACCUGGCCAGCCACAAUGCCUUGACCGAGUCCAAGUCCUGGGGCAAAGUGUGGGCCAUCUUCUUCAUUGAGCUCUGCUCAGCAUUCACAGUCGAGCAGGCCACUUACAACCAUGUGAAGAUCCACCAUGGCUACACCAAUAUCAUUGGCCUGGGGGACUCCAGCACAUGGAAGCUUCCUUUCCUGAACCGCUACGUCUACAUGUUCAUUGCACCUCUCUCAGUGCCCAUCUUAACCCCUCUGGUUGCACUUGAUCUGCUGAGGAAUGUGGAGUGGAAAGCAGCUCUCCGGACCCUCUGCUGCAUGUUUCUGGGUCUCUACUGCCAUUACUGGCUGCUGCUCCACGUCUCGGGCUUCCAGUCACCAUGGUCUGCCCUGCUCUGCAUGCUGCUCACCCGCUCCCUCCUGGCCCAUCCCUACGUCCACGUCAACAUAUUCCAGCACAUCGGGCUCCCCAUGUUCGCGGCCGAUCGGAAGCCCAAGCGGAUCCAGCUCAUGAGCCUGGGUGUGCUCAACCUGCCCCGCAAUGCCCUGCUUGACUGGUCCUUUGGGCACUCGCUCAUCAGCUGCCAUGUGGAGCAUCACCUCUUCCCCAGCCUCUCCGACAACAUGUGCCUCAAGAUCAAACCCAUCGUCUCCCAGUACCUGAAGCAGAAGAAGCUGCCAUACAAUGAGGACACCUACGCCUCCAGGCUCCGUCUCUUCCUCCAGAGAUAUGAGGAGCUGAUGGUCCACGCUCCCCCCCUAACGGAGCUGGUGGGCAUCCAGUGAGGAUGGGACCCCAGGACUCAGGGAUGUUUCCUGUAGGGACUUUGUGGCAGUGAUGGCUUUAGCAGGACAAAUGCCUCCAUAAAGCCAUCAUGUAGGAAACAUCUCCCCCCUAUAUCUUGCUUUUGGCUUGAUAAUGAUGCAUGGAGCCACUGCAGGAGGAGAGCCAGGAAGUGCAUCUCCAGGGACAGGAAAAAAGGGGGGUAUCCCCAGUUAUUCCCAGCCAGGGCUUAGUUUUAUCCACUCUGCUUUCACGCUUGGGGAGAGGAAACCUCUUGUCUGCUGACUGUGCCCCCCUGCAACAGGACCAUGGGGGAUGCGGCACCACGUUCAGUGCAUCCGGAGCUUGUUCCACCAGGAUCUGUAGGAUGGAGCUGCAAACGUGUGGUUGGAGGCUCAGGGAAGGGGUUGGAUGAUGGGGAGGGGGUUGUGUCACUACUGCCCGUGCUUUGCCUGGCUCUGGGGUGAAUCAGUCCCUUCUAGGAACAAUGAUUUGGCAAAUUCAGCCUUAAUACAUCAAGAUGGAGCUCUUUGUUA